AUGCCAACUGGAGUUUGCAAAUCAAACCAUGGUGGUGACCAAGUGGAUGAGUAUUCAAAGGAUGACCGAGAGGUAGUCAGAGGAUGGCAAAAGCAGAUCAAAAAUAUCACUAGAAGAAGACCAAGGCAAAUCAUCACAUCGUUGGAAGAUGGCCGAAACAGAUCGAAAUGUUAUUGGAAGAUGGACAGAGUAGGUCGAAACUUCGCCAAAAGAUGGCCGAAGCAUGUCAGAGGAUGGCCAGAGCAACCUCCUAAUGUAUAUGCGAUCUACCCUUGGCCAUCCUCCAAUGAUCUUUCAAUUGCCCUCCAACGAUGUUUUAACUUGCCCCGCCAUUCUCCAGUUGUGCUCCUCCCAUUUUUCGGUAGCCCUCAAGCGAUAUUCCGAUUUGUUUCUCAACCAUCAUCUAGCGACAUUCGGACCUGCUUGGUUGUUCAAUGA